CAGAAAACGGAUGCGGAAGUGAGUGGGUUCCGGAGCUGGGACAUGGAGUCCGGGCAGCAGCCGGUGUGGCGCAGCCUGGGGCUGCUUGGGCGAGGCGCGGACAGUCCCGGGCUGGGUCCGGGCAACUGUGAGAGGAGGCUGUUGUGGGCCGCUUCGUUGCUGUGCGUCUUGCUGGAUCUACAGUUGCCAGGUUUGUUGGCUGCUGGGCAAGCUGAGAUUGACAACCAUCUGGAAAUGGGUCGGAAGCUACUGGCUGCUGGGCAGCUGGCUGAAGCUCUCUCACACUACCAUUCGGCAGUGGAAAUUGAUCCAAAAAAUUACCUUACCUAUUACAAACGGGCAACCAUUUACCUGGCUAUGGGCAAGUUUAAAUCAGCACUGCCAGACCUCUCCAAAGCUAUUGAACUCAAGCCGGAUUUCCUGGUUGCCCGGCUUCAGCGAGGCAACAUCCUUCUGAAACAAGGGUACACCCAGGAAGCAAAACAAGACUUUGAAGCCGUGCUCAAGAGCAAUCCAGAUGAUGCAGAAGCCCAGAACCAGCUGUCAAGGGUUACAGAGCAAGAAUUUUCCACGCAAGAAGCUCGGACUGCCUUGCAGAAAAAAAACUAUCUGGGAGCGGUCAGUUUUCUGGAUCGAGUAAUUGAGAUCUCCCCUUGGGAUCCAGAAGCCAAAGAGCUGCGCUCCGAGUGCUACCUCCAUCUUGGUGACUACAAUAAGGCAAUCAUGGACUUGAAACCCACCACCAAGCUGCGGAAUGACAACAGGGCUGCUUUCCUUAAGCUCAGCAAGCUUUAUUACAACUUGGGAGAACAUGAGGAGUCCUUAACGCAAGCGCGGGAAUGCCUGAAGCUGGACCAGGACGACAAGGACUGUUUUUCCCACUACAAGCAAGUGAAGAAACUCACCAAGCAGCUGGAAUCUGCUGAGGAGCAUGUCAAAGCUCAGAGGUAUACAGAUGCCAUUGAGAAGUAUAAGGCAGCCAUGAAAACGGAGCCCAACGUAGAGAUCUACACCAUUAAGGCAAAAGGACGGAUCUGCCACUGUUUAUCCAAGAGCAAACAGAUUGUGGAAGCAAUAGAUCUCUGCAGCGAAGCUCACCGGCUUGAUCCCAGAAAUACAUUCAUCCUACGUGACAGAGCAGAGGCCUUCAUCCUGAACGAGGAGUUUGAGAAAGCCAUCGAAGAUUAUCAAGAAGCGAGAGAGUUUGAUGGUGAAAAUGAGGAAUUAAAAGAUGGGCUAGAGAGGGCACAGAAACUGCUGAAACAGUCCAAGAAGCGGAACUAUUACAAAAUUCUUGGAAUUCAGAGGAAUGCCAACAAGCAGGAGAUCAUCAAGGCUUAUCGAAAGCUGGCUCAGCAAUGGCACCCUGACAAUUUCCAGUCUGAAGAUGAGAAGAAGGAAGCCGAGAAAAAAUUCAUCGACAUUGCAGCUGCUAAAGAGGUCCUGACAGAUCCAGAAAUGCGACAGAAAUUCGACUCUGGUGAGGAUCCUUUAGACCCAGAGAAUCAACAAGGAGGGUCAGGACAUCAGCACCAGUGGGCGUCUGAGUUUAACCCCUUUGGCUCUGGGAACUUUCACUUCAAGUUUCAUUUUAAUUAAUUUGCCUGAGCCCUGAAGAGGAAUGCAACACCUUGGCCAGUGAGUUGAUGCACAAAGAUGACAGAAACAACUCCUACCCAAUGGAGGGGGCAGUUUACUGUCCCUACUUAUAUUCAAGUAUCCCUUUCCAGAUGACCAGAUGUUUGUUGUGCAAGACAGCCAGGACCUCAAGGAAGAUGGAGACCUCUUGCUUCUAGUUGUGAUUCCCAAGAAACAGUGGCCGGGAGAAGGGAUGUACAAUGCAUGCAGAGCCUUAAACCCGUCUCUGAAUCCUGCCUUUCCUAGGGACUUUUUAGAAGUUAGGUCGAGCUGAAUUGUGCGGUCCAGCUAAGCAUCUCUCAAGUUCUUCUUUGCACCUGCAAGGCCUGGGAAGCUGUUCCAGCCCAACUGUUUGCAACCCUUUGCCAAGGGAACAAUUCGUUUUUAAGCCCAAGAAAGGUGAAGGUGCCCUUUUUCCUCCUCCUUUGUUUUUUUAAAAGAAAGCGUGCCGUUUGAGUCCACCUUCCCAAGGAAAGCUUGGCCGAACAUGUUGACAUUUGAGUAAUGCCAUGCGUGGGAUGGUUGCGGUAACUGAUGCGGAUGGGGGGGAAAGCCCAGCUGAGCCCUGCAAAGAAUUUUGUUGUUGCCUCAUCUCUUUCUUGGUAGGGAGGAGUUGGGGAAUAAACUUUUGGGCAAGGCUGUCCAACCUUGAAAAGGCAGGGAGAAAGCCCCUGUGUCAGACUUGAAAAGGAAGAGGGUUAGUUCUGUUGCUUUGAGCCUUUCUGGAUGGUAUUCUGUAUUGGUGGAUUUUGGAAUUGCACAUUGACUGCUGCUCCUUUUGAGUACUGUGGAAGGACAUACCCAAGAACAGUAUGGAUUUGGGGACGGAAGUUGAUCCCUUUCACCACUCCAUGAAAUUCCCGUCUGUACCAGAGUUUAAUAUUUUUCCGGCAUAAGCCCUAGGCCAACAACAAUGCGGAACACCCUCAUUUUCUACAGUUAGUUAAAAUUUUAAAAAAAUUUCUCCUCCCCCUCCAUUUCUAUCUAGUACAGUCAUUAUAGAAAGCCUGGUUUGCUUCAGUUGUUAUCAUCAGAGGCCAAGGAAGAAAGAUUAAGGAGAGGUAUUAAUUUCCAUCUUUACUGAAAGUGUCAAGAUUAAAAGUUUCGUAUUGCAGAAAUAA